AUGUCUUCAUUUCUACCUGUCAAUAAUAUUUCUUCGCCCGCGGAUCGCGUCAUGGAGGAUGCGACAACUCCCACAACUCCCCGCCCGCGCCCGAAUCCCACAUCCGCCGCACAAGACCCUGUAAAGACCUCGAGCGUCAUCAAGGAUGAGAAAAUGUCGCUGAAUGUAAAUAAUCUCGACGGGUCGCAAGGAAGUGUUCAGUCGGAUGAGACCAUCCAGGCGGAUUCGGAUGGAGAUCGAGAAGGUUCAGAUCAUGAUGCGGAUCACACAGAGAAUGCUCCACCGUCGAAGAAGAAAAAGGGACAACGAUUCUACUGCACCGACUUCCCGCCAUGUAACCUUAGCUUCACCCGGAGCGAACACCUCGCUCGCCAUAUCCGAAAGCACACUGGAGAACGCCCGUUUCAGUGCCAUUGCUCCCGUCGAUUUUCCCGGCUUGAUAAUCUGCGACAACACGCACAGACUGUACAUGUGAACGAGGAAAUCCCGGGCGAUUCUCUCGCAGCUACUGGAACCAGGUUCCAGCGUCAAAUCCGGACCGACCGAGUGCGCCCCCAGGGCCGAGCCAGGGCCGGCACGGGUGGUAGUCAGGGUGCCCACAGUAGGGGACAUAGCAGGAACUUGUCCACCUCAAGUAUCGCCUCAACCGCCUCAACCUUUAGCCAGCCUCCAGAGCUUCGCCGGAGACCACCACCAUUGAUUAUGGCAAAUGAUGCGAGUGGAAGAUCCAGGCUGGCCCUUGACCCAAUGAUGGAUACGCCUUCCACACCUCCCGGUCAAGUUCGAGCACACCCGGUACCGCCAGUGGGAUCUCCGUACACACCAUCCCACAUGUUCGCAGCCGGACCUAACGGCAGUCCUCAUAUUCAUUCCCCCAUGUCUGCAGCAUCUCAUGCUUCAGGGUUUUGGGAUGGAAAAACGGCUGCCCGCCGCCUGUCUGUUCCCUCGGGGGCAAAUCCAUUUGCUUCGCAUCAAGCUGCUCCUUACACCCCAGGAGGGUACCCUUCAACAGGCUACACAACUCCAGGAGCAGUUUAUGCCAGCCCUGUCAAUACCAACUACUCGAUAUCUCGGGAUGAAACAGGUCGUACUGUGACUGACGCCGAGCUGCGGCGAAGAACAUGGCAUCCAUCAACUUGGUCGAACGUUGCCCGACCGGCUACUAGUGGUCUUGGUCACUAUCAUGGCCCAGAAGGCUUCCCAAUGGCAUUCGGGCCCAAUGGUUCGACGGAUCAGCCGCCGCGACUGCCUGGAAUCGAGAGCUUUGACAAAGUGGUUGCUCAACGGCCUCUGACCCCGCCGCUGCGAGGACCAAGUCCAAUGCAGAUUGACACUCAAGCAAAGCCUCCACCACCUCCAGGUUACAAUUUCGGCGGUGGAUUCAACUAUUCGCAGCCCUCAAGUCGACCAGCUCCCCCUAUUUCUGGACCAGGCCACCGACGAGGCCAUGUCUCUUGGGAUAUGUCACUGCAUACUAAUCUGACCGGCCUGAACAUUCGAGAUAAACCCAUUCCUCAACGUGAUGCGUCACAUUGGAGCCAGCAAACCAUCUCAGAACUCCACAGCAUUGGCUCUCGUCCGUCAUCCUCAUACCAGCAACGGGUUCACGAGUACCGUGGUCAUCACAGUCAUGGUUCCACAUAUAGCACUGGGACCUCGAGCUCGCAAGCUACACGAACAAGCCCCGAAGAUUCAAGCAGCAGCGAGGGUGUUCAUACCCCUUCAACAGCGUCUCUUGAAUACCAUCCUGCCAUUGUUCAGAACAAUGGUUACCCCGAACCCCAUCACCCCCCCUUUUCAUCCGAUACGUCACAAACACCUUGCCCUCCUCUACCACCCCCCACUGACGCGUACCACACUAAACAUGAUCACCGUUCUGACCUCUUGAACAACUCGUCUCGAGAGGCCGGAAUGGGCAGACUCGAGGCUCUUGUCGCGGUUGCCACGAGUGAAAAUAAGAAUGCCACAAAGCUUCUCGUGUAA